AGGAACUGACCUCUGAUCAGCGGGCUGGGGGAGGUGGCUGAAGAUGUCUGUUGGAGAUCAUCUCAGACGGUCCAGGAAGUCUGGACCUUAGAAGGAUUUCAAACCCAAACCUGCUGCCGUUGGUCAGGAUGGAGCUGGAGGUGAAGAUCGAGCUGCUCAAGUUCUGCUUUGGGGUUUUAAACUCCAUUUUCCUGGUUCUGGGUCUGAGCGUUAUGGGUUGCGGAAUCUGGAUCCUCUUUGACACCGGAAACUUCCUCCAGGUUCUCUCCUCCGAGGAGCUUCGUGUGGUGGCAUCAGGCCUGUUUAUGAUUGGCGGAGUGGUGGUGUUGAUCAGCCUCACCGGAUGUGCUGGAGCCACCAUGGAGAAAAGGUUCAUGCUGCUGGUGUACCUGGGAUUCCUCAUUGUUCUGGUUCUGGGUCAGUUGUUUGUGACAUUCCUGCUCCUCUUUAAUAGAAGCAAGAUUGAGAAAAGUUUGACAGAGUCUGUGGAUCAGAUCAUCUUCCAGUACGGGAACAACAGCGACAGCAGCGGCAGCAGAAUAAUGGACAGCGUGCAGCAUUCAGCGGAGUGCUGUGGCUACAAAGGUCCUGCUGACUGGCUCAACAACAGCUUCAUUAAAACUCUGAACCUGACGAGUCCGGUUGUGGCGCCAUGUUCCUGCUUCAGUUCCGUUCAACCCGGUUUUAACUCGUCCUGGUGUUCGGAAAACAGCUCGUUCUCUGAGCUGGGGAUUAAAGAAGGAAGUGGACUUUUUACUAAGGUACUGAUGAGGAGUCUGUGAUGAACUCCUAAAUACCAACUGCACCAUAUUUAUACUGGAUCCUGGUUUGAGAGUUAGAAUGAUAUUUGAUGUUCUUUUAAACUUCACAAAAAUAUAUAAAUUCUGUUUCUAUAGAAUGCAAAAAUAUGUGGUUAAAUAGAUUUAGAUGUUUGGAGGCUGACAAUUAGUGGUUUACUGACGCCAUGUUUGAUUUGUCAGAACUGCAUUCAGACGAUCGGUAGUUGGCUGCAGGGGAACUUCCUGACAAUCAUCGUAAUGGAUGCAAUCCUCAUUCUGCUGCAGAUAGCUGAAGUUUCCGUCGCCGCAUAUCUGUUCCGCAUGUUUGGGCAAAAACUUGUGUUAAAGAAAAACAAAGCGCUGCUCGAUCAAAGCCCCGACCCCGAGGACUCCUCCCCUGACAGCGGACUACAGAACCAGGCCUUCGCUGCCAAUGAGGACCCUACAGACCCAAACUACAUACCUGCUGUAGACCCCAACCACAUGGCUUAUGAUCAUUACCACCAGAACCAGAACCAGGGCUACCAGGGGCCAGUUAACUACGUCCAGAACCAGAACCAGGGCUACCAGGAGCCAGUUAACUACGCCCAGAACCAGAACCAGGGCUACCAGGAGCCAGUUAACUACGCCCAGAACCAGAACCAGGGCUACCGGCAUUACUAAAUCCCCUCAGAUUGAAUGUGCUCCAAACUUCCGCUGCACAUCUUUGUUCCAAAGAAAAUCAUCUUUUUGUAUUGAAUUCUUUCUAUUGAGGUGUUGUGCAAUAAUAUCUUUAGGUUGUUUUGUAUUCAGUCAAAUGAUUGUCCUAUGUGCCUAAUGCAUAAAUCUACAAUAAAUUGAACAGAAACAAAUGAAUCUCCAGGGUUGACACAGUCCAGUCAAUAAACGCUUUAACUAAGAUGGGAAAAU